UCUGCUAUGGCCAACAAGAAGAUUUCAUUGAAAGGCCUGUUUCUAGCCACCAUGCUGCUGGCUAAUAUGUUCCUUUCAAGGAAGUGUGUAACAUCGUCACCCAUUUGCCCUAAUGGGUCCGACAACUGCCAGGUUUCUCUUGGGGACCUUUUUGACCGGGCCGUUAAACUAUCCCAUUAUAUCCACUCUCUGUCUACUGAAAUAUUCAAUGAAUUUGAUGAACGCUAUGCUCAGGGCCGGGGUUUUAUUGCAAAGGCCGUUAACAGCUGCCAUACUUCUUCCCUAACCACUCCUGAAGAUAAAGAACAAGCUCAGCAGAUACAUCAUGAGGACCUAUUAAAUCUAGUUUUGAGUGUACUCCGUUCCUGGAAUGACCCUCUAUUACAUCUGGUCUCUGAAGUUGAAAGAAUCAAGGAAGCUCCUGAUACCAUUCUCUGGAAGGCCAUGGAGAUUGAGGAGCAAAAUAAACGGCUUCUUGAGGGGAUGGAGAGAAUAGUUGGACGGGUUCACCCAGGUGACUUAGGCAAUGAAGUCUAUUCUAGAUGGACUGGUCUCCCUUCCCUCCAACUGGCUGAUGAAGAUUCUCGCCUCUUCGCCUUCUACAAUCUGUUGCACUGUUUGCGGCGGGACUCCCACAAAAUUGACAACUAUCUGAAACUCCUGAAGUGUCGCCUCAUUCAUGACAGCAACUGUUGAACAGCUGUGCUCUCAC